AUCUAAUCGUCGAAAAUGUUGAGAUCCUCGUUUCGGCUUCUCUAUAUAACAACAAGAAGUACCAAUCUUCGGGUCCGAGCUUCAUCAUCAUCAUCGCUCUCUCUGUUCUCAUCUAAGUCCUCCAAUUCUGCGAAACCACUUUUCACUUCUCAUCGUCAGGUUCCAUUAUCAACAACGGGAGCUAAACUCUCUAAGUCGGAACAUUCCAUGGCCACUUCCUCCGAGCCCAAGUCCAUCUAUGAUUUCACCGUCAAGGAUGCGAAGGGGAAUGAUGUUGAUCUAAGCACUUACAAGGGGAAGGUUCUCUUGAUUGUCAACGUUGCUUCUCAGUGUGGUUUGACCAAUUCGAACUAUACCGAGCUUGCACAGCUGUACCAGAAGUACAAAGAUCAUGGGUUUGAGAUCCUUGCGUUCCCCUGUAACCAGUUUGGGAAUCAAGAACCUGGUUCUAAUGAAGAGAUUGUUCAGUUUGCCUGUACCCGUUUCAAGGCUGAGUACCCGAUCUUUGAUAAGGUUGAUGUGAAUGGUGACACGGCUGCUCCAAUCUAUAAGUUCCUGAAAUCAAGCAAAGGUGGGCUCUUUGGAGACGGAAUCAAGUGGAACUUCGCCAAGUUCUUGGUUGACAAAGAUGGGAAUGUUGUGGACCGUUACGCCCCAACUACUUCCCCUCUCAGCAUUGAGAAGGACCUGAAGAAACUGUUGGGAGUUACUGCUUAAGCAACGAAGAGGCGCUAGUACUCAAAUAAAAGCUCCUACAGUAUUGUAAUAAGCUGUCUAUGUUCUUGAGCGUCUUUGGGAUGAGUUGUUUCCUGCUACUUAAUUUUUCGUUUAGCUACUUAUGUGUGUAAUAUCGUCUACCUAAAUAUCAUAAUUGCUGUUCGUACUGUUUUUUGCCUGUUUCCAUGAACCAUGGGGAGGAGAAAGCUAGCGACGGCGUAAUAUGGUAUUUUAUAAAUUUGGAGUUGAAAGUCAAAUAAUUUUAAUUGUA